AUGGCAGACACAGUGGGCAAGAUUGUGGGCCUUGUUGAGGUCGCCGACGUGCUCGAAGAUAGCGUCGACGAGGCGGAACCGCUGAUCACAGAUGUUGAUGAAGAUGAAACGCUCGACAAAAUCAAUGAGGACGAUGCACUCGUAGACGAGACAGGUGCUGGCGUUACGGAAGCGGAGGAAGACGAAAUGACCGAAGACGAAGGGCUGCUAGAGGGUCCGAGAUCAGAGCUGGCGCUUGACGAGGAUGCGAUUGACGAGGAAGCGCUCGAAGACAACACGCUCGAAGACGAUACACUUGAGGAAGGAACACUUGACGAAGGCGCGCUUGAGGACGAAACCGAGACCGAGGCAGAUGAGCUUGGCCCCGUCGAUGAAGAUGACAAGUCAGUAGCCGAGACUGUCGAACUCGAUGUGGAAUCAGCCGAUGACGCACUUGAUGAGCUCUGA